GUGUGGAGGCAUCCGGGAUUUACCGCCCCGACCACCCAGACCGGCUCCGACACCGGACACACAGGCAGGAAGGCAGGAGGACACAGGUGAAGGUGAAGAAGAAGAAGAAGAAGAGGAAGAAGAUGAUGAUGAUGCAAUCAGGCGUGGAUGACAUCACCAAGCAGAGGAUGCUGCAGGCGAGGGCUCUGUCCCAGGAGGCCAGGGGAAAGGGCCUGAACCUGGGGAAGAAGAUCAGCGUUCCAAAGGACGUGAUGAUGGAGGAGCUGAAUCUUCCGUCUAACCGAGGCUCCCGCAUGUUUCAGGAGCGACAGAGGAGGGUGGAGAGGUACACGCUGGAGAACAGUGCCGACGGCGCUCACAACGUCCAUCCAGAGGCCGUUCCUCCCCCGCAGAUUAUCCCAGAGCCACAGGGUGGAAAAGAGAACCAGGCUUUCUCCAUCCCUGGUAAGCAUAGCCUGGUCAUGAACCUUCAGAAGACUGUAGCAAAGAAGGGCAGACCUGAGGUCCUCGCUCCAGGAUACUCCCGCCCUCUGAAGGACAUUCCUCGCGAGAAGUUCAACGCAACAGUCAUCCCCAAGUCCUACUGCUCCCCGUGGAGGGAAGCUUUGGGGGGCACAGAGGAGCUCCUGAGCACCCUCGACGCUCAACUGCCCCCGAUGCCUCAAAGAACUUCCAACUACAGGUGCUUCAACAGAUCCGCCAUGCCAUUCGGAGGGCCUAUGGCCAGCAAGAGGGUGAUCCCAGUGAUUAGCUUUGAGGCGGUGGAGUCCCAGAAGCUGCCCGACAUUGCUCUGAACCGCUGGGUGCAGCGGCCCAACUUCAACAGGGCACCCAAGGGAUGGGGAAUGGAUUACAGCCCUGAAUCUAAUGAACUAUAAAAAAAAGAGCUGAUCAGCGAAAGACUGAAGCACUGACCUAUGCAUGCUUCUCUUCUGCUACAAAGAUGAUACCUCUGUUGAUCACUGGGCACUGCAGGGGAGAAAAAAACUCCCACAUGAUAUAAAGCGGUUUGCUGCUGCUGAGUGGUUUGAUCAGCAACUCAGAGUGCUGGAAUCAGUUCAAUACUAUAGUGGAGGCCAGUACAAUGGCACUACAGGCUGAACAAUUCUACCCAUUUUUCCUUUUUGUUACGUUAAAGGAAACCUACUAUGCUUUCUCCUUUCAUUCAGUGCAUUAUAAAGGUUCUUGUGCAAGUAAAAGGUCUUGAAAGCUAAAAAGCCUGAAGUCCAAAAUUACACGAGAACACGGUCCCUGAAGUGCCUCUUCAGUAGUCCAGCCUUUAAUUCCAUGAAUUCUUGACAUCACUACAUCACCAUGUGACACAUUUUCUAUAAUCACAGUGGAAGUGAAGCUAGCCGGCAGCUGAAAAAACAACAGUGCUGACCUGAGACAUUCGGAGUGGUGUUGGCUCAGGUGUGUGUGAGCUGGCCACUCACAGCGGACUGGGUAUCGGGAGGGGGGCCUUACAGAGACAGGAGCCAAAAGAGGGCAUCUCGGACAGAGGGGGGAUACAGAGCUGCUGCACUGGACAGUCCAAAAAAACUGAUUCAAGUAGUAACCCAAAAUAAAAUGGUGACAAUAUGUCUCCUUUAGGUAGUAUCUAAACAUUAAUGUUUCAAGACUCAUCUACUUUUCUCCCCCACUUCUACUCUCAAUCCGAUAUGUACAUAUUUAUUCAACCACUGUAUCCUAACAUUGGUACGACCAUAAGGACAAACGCAGGAGACAACUCUGCUCUGCUAAAGCGGCACAAGUAUUAAUGAAUAAUAUGCACUCUGAAAUAAUUAAUGACAAAAGUGUCAUUUUAAUGACAAGUGAAAACAUUUAAAGAAAGCCUUACAACAAACAAAGUCAUUAUGCUGUGAAAUAUUAAAGUUUGUGUCAAAUAAAAAAAGACAAAAAAAAUGAAAAUGAACAGGUUUAAAAAUGCUCCUCACACUUUUUCUCCAUGUGAUAGUGUGCACAAGUUGACAAAUACAAGCUGAACCUAUAGUAUACAUUUUUUAUGUACAAUGGCUCCAACCAAAGGAGCCUGUUAAAACCUUAUGGCCCCUGACCACACUAGCAAGUAAGAGUCUUUUACCAUGUUAACCUCCACUGUUCAGAUGCUGUUAAACUGCGAGUCGUGACAAAUUAAUCUUGUAACAUCCUGCUUGUCAUCUAUCCAGACACAGAUGGUCCUCAUUCAGUUCAUUCACUGCACUGCUGGUGGCAUAAUCAGUCAGAUGUUAUCCUGUAAGAAAUUACUUUUCUACGCAGUGCAUUUCUCCCACAAGUAUUCUGCUGGCUGCUUCAGGCCCAUUGACGAAAUCUGAAGUGAAAGGACCUGACCAGGUUUGACGACAGGGGAAAAAAAAAA